AGUCCGUGGACGUGUUGGCCCAAGGCACCGGCCCGAGACGCCGGGACCCGCAGCCGACGCCGAGCGCCUCGCGGGUCGCCGACCUGCGUUGCGCGUCGCGGCGGUGGCGUGUCAGCGUGCCCCGGUGACGUCGGGCCCGGGCGCCAUGCGGAUCACUGUGAUUCGGCGGCGUACCGAUGGGGCGGAGCAGCCCGCCCCCCCUCGGCCUCCCCCCCCCCCCUCCCCGGGGGCGCGCCGCCAAGGGGUCGCGUGCAGCGGGCGCGAGCUGGCUGCCGUGGACGCCUCUCCGUCGUGGCGCCUGGGCGACGUGCUGGCGGCGGUCCCCGAGCGGGCCGGCCGCGCUGGGGUGCAGGCGGCGCGUGUUCCUGGGGAGGGUCGAGCUGCGCGGGAGCGCGACGCUGGGCGAGGUCGGAGCUGAAGGCGGCAGCGAGUUGGCCCUGGUGGUGAGCGAGGCAAGUCGCAUAGCGGCCUGCAGCGCCAAUCUGGUCAGGAUAUGGUCCGUCGGCUCUGGGGAGUGCCUGCGGACGCUGGCGGGCCACCAGGGCAUUGUUUACUCCGCCGUCUUCGCGCUGGAUGGGCUGGCGAUGCUGACGAUCUCUGCAGACCAGACGGCAAAGAUCUGGUCCGCCACCUCCUGGGAGUGCCUGCACACGCUGGAGGGCCACCGUGGCGACGUCAUGUCCGCUGCAUUCUCGCCAGAUGGGCGGGGAGUGCUCACGGUCUCGUGGGACCAGGCCGGGAAGAUUUGGUCUGUGGCAUCCGGCGCGUGCCUGUGCACCCUGGAGGGCCACAUGGGCGUGGUUCGCACUGGCGUCUUCUCGCCAGAUGGGCAGAGGGCGCUGACGGCCUCAUCGGACGGGACGGCAAACAUUUGGUCCAGUGCCUCCGGGGGAUGCCUGCACGCGCUGCGGGGCCACCGGAGCUCCGUGAUGUCCGCCGUCUUCUCGCCGAGCGGGCGGGAGGCGCUGACGGCCUCGUGGGACUGCACGGCGAAGCUCUGGUCCUCGGCCUCCGGGCAGUGCCUGCGCACGCUGGAGGGCCACCGAGGUAGGGUCGACGCCGCGACCUUCUCGCCAGACGGUCGCUCGGCAUCGCUCGGACGUGUGCAUUCUUGUUCUCGGCGAGGACCCUCGAGGACCAUCCAAGACCAUCGAGCAACAAGAAGCACGCGCGAAACCGACAAAUGCACGGAGAACGGACGUCCGAGCGACGGCAAGGUCGGGAGGUGCUGACGGCCUCUCUGGAUCGGACGGCGAAGCUCUGGUCUGCGGCCUCGGGGGAGUGCCUGCGCACGCUGGAGGGCCACCACGGCCCGCUGCGCUCCGCCGCCUUCUCGCCGGACGGGCGGGAGGUGCUGACGGCCUCCGCGGACGGGACGGCGAGAGUCUGGGCCGCCCCGUCGGGGGAGUGCUCGUGCACUCUGGAGUGCCACCCGGGCUCCGUGCUGUCCGCCGUCUUCUCGCCAGACGGGCAGGAGGCGCUGACGGUCUCCGCGGACCGGACGGCGAGGGUCUGGUCCGCCGCCUCCGGGGAGUGCCUGCGAGUGCUGAAGGGCGCCGCAGACCAGGCCUGCUUCGCUCACUGAUCGCUGCCUCGAAGAUGACGAGGACUGAAGCCCACUGUUACUGGCCGUCGAAGCCUUCUUGCAGUUGGAGAACAAUGUGCGGUCUUCACAGGUCUAAUUCUAGACGCUUCGCAUAACCCCACCAGCCCAUCCAGAAACGAUGUUCAAACGAUGCGGAGGAGAAUGCAAU